AUGGAAACCAACGCGCCUGUCAUUCCAAGCAUCGACUACGCCAUAUUUCUCAUUAACGCCGUCAAAUUUCAUUGCGGCCAAUUGGUGCAUCUAUUUGAUGAAGAGGAGUUCAACGCCAAAUUGCACGCCUUCUAUGGCAAUGCAGAGCCCAACAAGCUGAACGACAGCCUGUGGUACGUUCAGUUCCUAUUAAUAAUUGCCUUCGGCAGGACGCUUGUACAACGCAAACACCGAGAAUCAAAACCGCCGGGCGCAGACUUCUUUGUACAUGCGCUUCAACUACUCCCUGAUACCAACCGACUGUGCCGAGAACCCCUUAUUGCAGCCGAGAUACUGUGUGGUAUCGCACUGUACCUACAAGCAUUAGACUCCCGCAAUGCAGCACACGUAACAGUACGUUCGAGCUCCUGUUCUGUGAAGUUAACAACAGCUGAGUCCUCCGCAGAUAGGCCAAGCAAUGCGGAUAGCCUUAGCUGA